GUCGGUUCGCUCUCCCAGUCCCAUCGCCCUCUCCCCUUCCUCCCCCCUCGCCCCCCAACCUGGCCGCGCACGCGCACGAGCCCUCGCCCCCCGGCCCGGCCGCCGCCUCCUUCUAGCCCUCCUCGCACGCCGCUGCCCCCUCCGUCCGCUCCGCGACGUCGUGCUAGCCCUCCUCGCCCGCCGCCGCCGCCGCCGCCCAAACUUUCCCCCACCGGCCCCGCGCCGCGUGGCUGCGCGCGCUUCUGCCUAGGGCAGUAGGGCGUCCGCACCGCCUGGCGGCUGCGGCUCCGCUGCUUUGCGCCGGUGCCGGUGACGGCGAAACGGGGGACGGAGUUCCUCGGUCCGGUUCCCCCCAAUCGUUCCUAACUGGGCGAUCCCUUUCCAGCCAUCCGUCUCGAUUUGAGCUUUACCUAUGAUGAGAAAGAGAAGAACUGAACCCCGUGAUGUUGGGGAAAGUUCCGGAACUCAGCAAACCACUGGAGGCCCUGGACGGGGUGCAACACAACGACCAGAGAGAGCUCAACAGCAUGGAGGUGGUGGUUGGCAACCUGCGAAUCCUCAAUAUUCUCAACAUGCUGGUCGUGGUGGUGGACAACACCAGGGACGUGGUGGACGUUACCAGGGUCGUGGAGGGCCAACACCACAACAACCGGGUGGUAAUCCAGUUGAAUAUCAAGCACAUGACUACUAUGGCCGUGGUGGCCAACGGCAAGGAGGAAUGCCACAACACAGGAGUGGCAGUGGUGGACGUGGAUUUCCUGCCAGUCCAUCAAGAACAGUUCCCGAGCUGCACCAAGCCUCACAAGUCCAGUACCAAGCUGCGGUGGUUACACCGUCACCAUCAAGAACUGGCCCAUCUUCGCUGCCUGAUGAGGUCAGCACCGAUGAAGUCCAACAACAGUUUCAAGAACUUGCUAUCCAGGGUCAAAGCUCCACUAGCCAGGCCAUUCAACCUGCACCACCGUCGAGCAAAUCCGUGAGAUUCCCAUUGCGCCCUGGCAAGGGUACGUUUGGUGAUCGGUGCAUCGUUAAAGCAAACCAUUUCUUUGCUGAACUUCCUGACAAAGACCUUCAUCAGUAUGAUGUGUCUAUAACUCCGGAGGUUCCUUCGCGUGGUGUCAAUCGUGCUGUCAUUGGCGAAAUUGUAACACAGUAUAGGCAGUCUCACUUGGGUGGGCGUCUUCCAGUUUAUGAUGGAAGGAAGAGCUUAUACACAGCUGGUCCAUUACCAUUUACUUCUAGGACCUUUGACGUUAUUCUGCAGGAUGAAGAAGAGAGCCCUGGUGUUGGGCAAGGCACACAGAGGCGUGAGAGACAAUUUAGGGUCGUGAUCAAAUUUGCUGCACGCGCUGAUCUCCACCACUUAGCCAUGUUUUUAUCUGGGAGGCAAGCGGAUGCUCCUCAAGAAGCUCUUCAAGUUCUUGACAUUGUUCUACGUGAAUUGCCCACUGCAAGGUAUUCUCCAGUUGCAAGGUCAUUCUAUUCGCCAAACUUAGGGAGGCGCCAACAGCUUGGUGACGGCUUGGAAAGUUGGCGUGGUUUUUACCAAAGCGUACGACCCACACAGAUGGGACUUUCACUGAAUAUUGAUAUGUCAUCUACAGCAUUCAUCGAGCCUCUACCUGUGAUUGAUUUUGUUGCACAGCUUUUGAACAGAGACAUCUCAGCUAGACCGUUAUCUGAUGCUGAUCGUGUUAAGAUCAAGAAGGCCUUACGAGGUGUAAAGGUUGAGGUGACACAUAGAGGCAAUAUGCGCAGGAAGUAUCGCAUUUCUGGCCUUACCUCACAAGCAACGCGAGAGUUGUCCUUCCCCAUUGAUAGUCAUGGUACUGUGAAGACGGUGGUGCAAUACUUCCAGGAGACAUAUGGCUUCAACAUUAAGCACACCACUUUACCUUGCUUGCAAGUGGGGAAUCAACAAAGGCCAAAUUAUCUACCAAUGGAGGUCUGUAAGAUUGUUGAGGGACAGCGUUACUCAAAAAGACUAAAUGAGAAGCAGAUAACUGCUCUUCUUAAAGUGACCUGCCAGCGCCCUCAAGAUCGUGAGCUGGACAUUUUACAGACUGUGCAUCACAAUGCAUACCAUCAGGAUCCAUAUGCGCAGGAGUUUGGCAUAAGGAUUGAUGAGCGACUUGCUUCGGUUGAAGCUCGUGUUCUACCUCCCCCCUGGCUCAAGUACCAUGACAGUGGCAGAGAGAAGGAUGUCUUGCCAAGAAUUGGCCAAUGGAACAUGAUGAAUAAGAAAAUGGUCAAUGGUGGCAGAGUUAACCACUGGACGUGCAUCAAUUUUUCUCGGCAUGUCCAAGAUAAUGCUGCGAGAAGUUUCUGUCGCGAGCUUGCUAUUAUGUGCCAAAUAUCUGGCAUGGACUUUUCAGUUGAUCCCGUGCUUCCUCCAGUAACUGCAAGACCUGAGCAUGUAGAAAGAGCACUCAAAGCACGCUAUCAAGAUGCCAUGAAUAUACUGAAAGCACAGGGUGGGGAGCUUGACCUACUGAUUGCAAUAUUGCCUGACAAUAAUGGGUCUCUUUAUGGUGAUCUCAAAAGAAUAUGUGAGACUGAUCUUGGGUUGGUCUCGCAAUGCUGUCUUACGAAGCAUGUUUUUAAGAUGAGCAAACAAUAUUUGGCAAAUGUUGCCCUUAAAAUCAAUGUUAAGGUAGGAGGAAGAAAUACUGUACUUGUUGAUGCUUUGACAAGGAGAAUCCCCCUAGUUAGUGAUCGGCCAACUAUCAUAUUUGGUGCUGAUGUUACGCAUCCUCAUCCUGGAGAAGAUUCUAGCCCUUCCAUUGCAGCUGUUGUUGCGUCUCAAGACUGGCCUGAGGUCACUAAAUAUGCUGGGUUAGUGAGUGCACAGGCCCAUCGUCAGGAGUUGAUACAGGACCUUUUCAAAGUAUGGAAAGAUCCGCAAAGAGGGACUAUAAGUGGUGGAAUGAUCAGAGAGCUUCUCAUUUCUUUCAAGAGGUCAACUGGACAGAAGCCACAAAGGAUUAUAUUUUACAGGGAUGGUGUCAGUGAAGGACAGUUCUAUCAGGUUCUGUUCUAUGAGCUUGAUGCUAUUAGAAAAGCGUGUGCAUCUUUGGAAGCUGAUUAUCAGCCGCCUGUUACCUUUGUGGUGGUCCAGAAGCGUCAUCAUACACGGCUGUUUGCUAAUAACCACAAGGACCAACGCACUGUUGAUAGAAGUGGAAAUAUACUACCGGGCACCGUGGUUGAUUCUAAGAUAUGCCAUCCUACUGAAUUUGAUUUCUACCUCUGUAGCCAUGCUGGCAUUCAGGGAACAAGUCGCCCUGCACAUUAUCAUGUUCUGUGGGAUGAGAACAAAUUUACUGCUGAUGGUUUGCAAACUCUGACAAACAACCUGUGCUACACCUAUGCCAGGUGCACCCGUUCUGUAUCAAUUGUUCCUCCUGCAUACUAUGCCCAUCUUGCGGCUUUUCGAGCUCGAUUUUACAUGGAGCCGGAUACUUCAGAUAGUGGGUCGAUGGCGAGUGGUGCCCAUACCCGUGGUGGUGGCCCCCCUCCUGGUGCACGCGGCGGCAAGGCUGCUGGGAAUGUUGCUGUAAGGCCGCUUCCUGAUCUGAAGGAAAAUGUCAAACGUGUCAUGUUCUACUGCUAAGUUGGGGAAUAUUUGUAUAUGGGGGAAUACAUCUGACUGUUUGAUCACCCAGUUAUCUCGAUGGAACGACUAGUUUGCUUGUGCUUCAAUAAUCGUGGUGCUGUGAUCUA